AUGAACGCAGGCAUCCAGCAAGAGGAACACAGGCGACCAUCCACAGGCGGCAUGCGCAGAGACGUCGAACGAGCUCGACGACGUAGCAGCAUCCGUAUGAACCUCAACUUGAACGAUCCAACCGUCCCAGCCCCAGGUGAGCUCCAGAUUAGUCCCUCAGGUCGAUCUCGAGGACCGUGGCCACAGAGCCCUCAUCAUGAGCGAACCCCCAGUCUGGGAGAUCUACACCAAGAGCUCGAGUAUGAGCAAGAGGGUCAAGUGAAUCGUCUUCUCAACAUGAUCCGCCAACAACAAGCCCAGAUCACCACACUACAAGCAAACCAAGCACCUACCUCGAACUCGGCAGUUGAUGACAGCACUCCUACCUCUGAGCGUUCAAUGUCGCUGUCAGCACAUCCCCCACACAUCUCACAAGUCCCAGCUCCAGGCAACAUCGCACAACCAAGGUCACGCUCACCUUAUGCUAUCAGCCGGCAAUCCUCCCUAGCGUCGAGAAAUAGCAGCCAUCAUGGUUCACCCGCAUUACGACCAAUUUCUGGCGGUCCACACGAAAGCAGCGACUGGCUUCCAGGCGCAGCGACGAGUGCUUCGCGGGACGAGAGUGCAUUCUACCAGGCAGAGACACAGAUGUUGACACGGGAGAACCAAAUGUUGAAACUGAGAAUACGCGAAUUGGAACGCCAGUUGACAGAACGCGAUCCCAAUAAUUCUCUCACACAUUCACCAGCCGUCGCCUCAGGCCUACAUUCCCCACCUCUGAGCGGCGCAUCAGCACCACCGUCAAACGUCGAAGCCAGUGGUGAUGCUCAGCCAUCGACAACGGAAACCGCUCAAACACCCACCGCCACGACUUAA